AUGGCGACAACGAAAUACACUCUGGCCAGCCGGCUCACUCUGGCAAAUGGCAAGACCAUCCCCCAGAUCCAGUUGGGUCUGUACUGCAUGUCAGGAAGUGAAGCCACCAAGACGAUCCCAUGGGCUCUGACUGCUGGCUACCGCGGAUUUGAUUGCGCGCAAAUGUACCGCAACGAGCGCGAGUCGGGCAAGGCAAUUAGCGAUUUCCUGUCCGGCGCUGAGAACACCCAAGGCCUGAAGCGGGAGGAUAUCUUCUAUACCACCAAACUGGCUAGCUGCAGCACUUCUUACGAUGAGGUCCGGAGUUCUAUCAAGAGCUCCGUCGAGAUCUCCGGUCUUGGCUAUGUCGAUCUCUUACUUCUUCAUAGCCCCUACGGCGGGAAGGAGGCGCGCCUGACCAGUUGGAGGGCCCUGGAGGAUGCCAUAUCUGACGGAGAGGUCAAGAUGGGAGGUGUCAGCAACUAUGGCUCUGCUCAUAUCGAGGAGCUUAUGGCCUCGAAGCCUCGUGUUGCACCGGUCAUCAACCAGAUUGAAGUUCACCCCUUCAACACCCAGACGAAGAUCAGAGAAACUUGUGCCAAGCACAACAUCGCCAUCGAGGCUUACGCGCCCUUGGCCAGGGGCAUGCGCAUGAAGGAGCCUACGAUCCUCCGUCUGGCCAAGAAAUAUGGCUGCAGUGCAGCACACUGGUCUCUUCAACAUGAAAUGAUCACCCUCCCCAAGAGUGUGCACAAGGAGCGUCUGAUCGAAAAUGCCAAUGUGGCCAACAUUGAAAUCUCAAAGGAGGAUAUGGAUGCAAUGGAUGACCUAGACGAGAAACUCGUCACCGAUUGGUAA